AUGAGUGAUUUUGACGAAGAAAGUCAAAUUGAAACUCAGAUCGAUGCUCCUAUCGAAAAUAUUAUACGGGGAUCUGAGCUUACUACCACAACCGCUAACAAAGAGACUUUAAAAUCUGCAAAUGAAUUACUAGACUCUUUAGAACACUCACAUAGCGUCGACCUUUCGUUGCAUUUAUACUCUGCAUAUCUCUUGAAGAGACUAUUAUACAGGGCAAAUGAAAAGAAACAUUUUUAUGAAGUAAACCAGUUUGUAAAGACCCAAAUUAAGGAUAACUGGACGAGCUGGCCGAAUCCUAAUACUAUCAUUGAUCCUAGUGUAGACAAAUUAUAUGAAGAUAUACCGGAAGGUAUCGAAAACGUAAGCGUACAGCCGGGGGAGGUCUCAAAUAGGGCUCUAAUUCACGCCUCAGAUAUGAUGAGAGUUGAACUAGAUGCUCAAUGGCAAAAAUAUCUCUCUAAGUCAGCCCUGGAGCAUGAUGUCACUCUAGAUGUGGAUGGAAUGAACAUACCGACUGAAAUAUCCCAGAAUAUCUUAGUUAAACUAGAUAGCUUAUUCGAAGGGUUGCAUGAUAAAAUAGCCAAGGAGAACGAAUUCGAUGUGAGGCAAGAUACUCACUCUAAUAAUAUAAGGGUGAACCAGAUAGACGACGAGCCCAUGCAGGCCAAUCGACGAAUCAAAUUCAGAUAUCAUGACUUGAUUUCAAGAGGAUGUGAAAUGAAUGAGGAUAUGACGGAAAUCUAUAUGAAAUCGUUGGAGUUAUUUAACGAUAUUCCAGAAAAGUUUAAAAAAAGGAAAUUUAAAUUGCCCAAGCAUAUUCUGAAAAAGUAUAACCAGCCAAAGAAGACUAGUUCAUAUUUGAAGGAGUUAUUAAGCAAAACAAGAGAAGAUUAUAUACCUGUGGAAAAGUUACUGAAAGAUAAGCGGUUGACAUCAAAGGAUAAAUCCAAGCUACAAUGCUUAAAUCGUGAAGAGACAGAAGAUGCUCUAAACAAAAGAACGUUUUUCCAGGUUAAAGGCUACUUAGCGGAUGAGAAUGAGAUUUCUGAUUAUGAGUUGGAUGACUGUCUCAUAGAGCUGCCUAAUGGUGAAUCUUAA